UGUACCUCCCCCACCCCCACUGCAUUCGCCAACGCAGCACAAUUAAAACACCCUCUCGGAUCCCCCCUCCUCCCCCAACAGGUCCUCCUCUCUCUCUCUCUCUCAUGGCCUACGUUGCAGUUGGUUUCCAUGGAAGCCCGCUUCCAAGGACCAUGAUUACCAACAAACGGGUUCCAGGGGCGCGCAGGGCCACGUUGAGGUGCACGAUGGCCCAGCCAGCAGCCAGAUCCAAAGCUCUUGACCCCAACAACACCGGACUCGGACCGGUAGACUUCAACUUGAACGAGUACAUGGCCGCGAAGGCCCGGCGGGUGAACGAGGCCCUGGACCAUGCCGUCCCCCUCCGCCACCCGGCCAAGAUCCACGAGUCCAUGCGCUACUCCCUCCUCGCCGGCGGCAAGCGCGUCCGCCCCGUCCUCGCCCUCGCCUCCUGCGACCUCGUCGGCGGCGACGAGGCCGCCGCCAUGCCCGUCGCCUGCGCCGCCGAGAUGAUCCACACCAUGUCCCUCAUCCACGACGACCUGCCUUGCAUGGACGACGACGACCUCCGCCGCGGCCAGCCCACCAACCACCGCGCCUUCGGGGAGGACACCGCCAUCCUUGCCGGCGACGCCCUCCUCUCCCUCGCCUUCGAGCACGUCGCCGCCCGCACCACCGGCGUGGCGCCCGAGCGCGUGGUCCGGGCGCUGGCCGAGCUCGGCUCGGCCGUGGGUUCCAUCGCCAGCGAGGGGCUGGCGGUCGACCUCAACGUCCUGGAAUACAUCCACAUACACAAGACGGCGAGAUUGUUGGAGGCGGCGGCGGUGUGUGGAGCGAUCGUCGGGGGAGGUGAAGAUGGCGAGGUGGAGAGAGUGAGGAGGUAUGCGAGAUGUGUCGGGCUCCUGUUCCAGGUGGUCGACGAUAUACUCGACGUGACGAAGACGUCGGAGGAGCUCGGGAAGACGGCGGGGAAGGACCUGGCGACCGACAAGGCAACGUAUCCUAAGCUCAUGGGGCUCGACAAGGCCCGGGAUUUUGCGCGGACGUUGGUGGUAAAGGCCGAGGAGGAGCUCUCGGGCUUCGACGAAGCCAGGGCGGCGCCGCUCUACCAUCUUGCGCACUACAUCGCCCACCGGCAGAAUUAAGAUAGCUAUUAAGUGAUUUAUGGAUUAUGAGUAGAUGUAGCUAUGGAAUGAUCAGGGAAGGGCCUCCUAAGACUAGGUAGCAAUUCCUUUUGUGUGGAUGUGAUUUGAUUUUGUGGGAUACAACAUGGUGGUCCAGGAAUGGGCCUCAUGGAGAACACCAACACUCAGUAGAUAUAUACGCUGAGCCUUAUACAUCCAUGCAUGUUGCCUACCCUUCACAAUUUCUCACCAUCUUCCCGAGUUCUUUGCGUUGUUUCAGUUAGAAAUAACCAAUAUCUGAUUAAACCCUUACUUCUUCUUGUGAUAGUUUUUGCUUUGGUAUUUUGUGGUGUAUUUAGUGUUUGACAGGCGACUAUUUCAUUAGAGUUUUUUUCC